UACUAUCCGGACCGCUCGUUAAUUUCUAACGGCAGUUCCUGUAUUCUCCGUCUCCAGUUGUGUACCUCAUCUGCACAGAUCACUUUAAAUGUAGGACCAGGACAAGAUGGCGGAUAUAUCUUUACUCCAAGAGGAUUCCCAGGAGGAGUUGGACGGAUAUUUAGCAUUGGUGCCAAGCUUCUGCCACUACUGCAUGUCACCUCAUCACUGUCCCUCACCGGCCUGACUGGCCUUGGAUUUUGUAUCGCAAGAUGAGAUGCUGACUCCUCUUGGAAGAUUGGAUAAAUACGUCGCUAGUGAAAAUAUUUUUAACAGACAAAUGGUGGCACGAAGUUUGUUGGACACACUAAAAGCAGUGAGUGAGGAUGAGAGGGACUGUAUCGGCGUCUUGGAGAGAGUGGGUCGACUUGCUGAUGACUCGGAGCCCUCUGUAAGAGCAGAACUAAUGGAGCAAGUUCCUCACAUCGCCAUUUUCUGUCAGGAGAACAGACCUUCCAUUCCGUUUGCCUUCUCUAAGUACUUGCUACCGAUCGUGGUGAGAUACCUGGCUGACCAGAACAACCAGGUCAGAAAGACCAGCCAGGCGGCCCUGCUGGUGCUGCUGGAGCAGGAGCUGAUUGAGAGGGGGGACAUUGAGACCCUGGUGUGCCCCGUUCUGGUGGACCUGACCGCCCCCGACAGCAACGACGACGUCAAGACGGAAGCCAUGGCCAUCAUCUGUAAGAUGGCUCCCAUGGUGGGCAAGGACAUCACCGAGCGCCUCUUCCUGCCCCGCUUCUGUGAGAUGUGCUGCGACUGCAGGAUGUUCCACGUGCGCAAGGUUUGCGCUGCAAACUUUGGCGACAUUUGCAGUGUUGUUGGAGGAGAGGCGACAGAGGAACUCCUGCUGCCCCGCUUUUUCCAGCUCUGCUCGGACAACGUGUGGGGGGUGAGGAAGGCCUGUGCUGAGUGCUUCAUGACUGUUUCCUCGUCCACCUCGCAGGAAGUGCGCAGGACCAAGCUAUCGUCGCUCUUCAUCAGCCUCAUCAGCGACCCCUCCCGAUGGGUGCGUCAGGCUGCCUUCCAGUCGCUGGGCCAGUUCAUCUCCACGUUCGCCAGCCCCAACAGUGUGGGCCAGUACUUCAGAGAGGGGGAGGUGGGCGAGUGCUACUGUGUCCACCCACAGAACAGUACUGAAGAGAAACCACGGAACCCAGACUCUACAGACCCCUCCCUAAGGGCUAACACAGAGAAUUACUCUCAGAGGCAGGGGGAGGACUUGCCUGCAUGCACAAAUGGCAACCAAGAGGAGGGUUGUCCACAGCAGGACUGCAUUUCGACAGGGGACCUGGGGGGGGGGGUGUUGUGCCGGACAGAGGAGGUAGAAGGAGUGGAUGUGGCAGAGGAGGGGGGUGGGGAGCAGGCGGCGGAGGCCUUGAUGGACGCCUCGGACGGUGGACCGUGCUGCGAGGAUGCCGACAUAGUUCCAGAGUGCCUCUGUGGCGAGAAGCGCAAGAAGGAGCCUUCCUCGCUAACCCCCGACUCCUCUGACACAGCAGGUGCUCGGGAGGAGGAGGAAGCCCCUUCAGGGGAUACUGAGAAUGAGCCACAGCCACCUGAGAAGCACACAACCUCUGAGAAGGAUGACUCACCAGCAGACAUAUCUGAGCCCUCAUCCUUGUCUGAGCCAGUAGAGGAAUCCCCAUCUGUCAGUCCUCAGGACAAUAUCCCCGAGCAGGAGCUCUACAACUCCUUCCACUUCUGGAGGUUGCCCAUCACUGAGAUGGGCCUGGACAUGGAGCUGCUCCAGCAGGGGGAGAGUGUCCAGGAGGAGCCCCCCAGCUAUGUCUCCUCCAGUAAGGGCAAGGCUAAAGCCUCGGCCCCAGUCCUGGAUAGGAAACAGCUGGAAGAGCUGAUCGAAAACCUGGAGCCUCAUAUUGAUGACCCCGACGUGAAAGCACAAGUGGAUGUCCUGACAGCUGCUCUGAGAGCCACAACCAUGGACUCUCACCUAGAGGAUGCCUUCCUGGAGCCCCGGGACAGCCAGGGGGGACACCACUACGACAACCCCUUUGGAGUGCACCAGAUGCCCCUUAUAGGACACCAUUCAGACAUGGAGAGGCGAAACUCCACCCUGCAGAUGAACUAUGGCGACGACUCUGAGCUGAGCGAUAGCAGCUUCAGUCCAGAGGACGAGAAGAAAUCCAAGCAUCAGGACGUGAUCCCUCAGGCCCUGCUGGACCAGUACCUGUCCAUGACGGACCCUUCCAGAGCUCAAACGGUGGACAUGGAGAUCGCCAAGCACUGUGCCUACAGCCUGCCUGGUGUGGCCAUGACCCUGGGCAGACAGAACUGGCACUGCCUCAGGGACACCUAUGAGACCCUGGCCUCUGACAUGCAGUGGAAGGUGCGUCGGACGUUGGCCUUCUCCAUCCACGAGCUGGCCCUGAUCCUGGGGGACCAGCUGACGGCAGCGGACCUGGUGCCCAUCUUCAACGGCUUCCUCAAGGACCUGGAUGAGGUACGGGUAGGGGUCCUCAAACACCUCUACCACUUCCUUAAGCUUCUGCACCAGGACACCCGGCGUAAAUACCUGUACCAGCUCCAGGAGUUCCUGGUCACAGACAACAGCCGCAACUGGCGCUUCCGAUCAGAGCUGGCAGAACAGCUGGUGUUGUUACUGGAGCUGUACAGUGGUCAGGAUGUUUAUGACUACCUUCGACCCCUGGCCUUCAGCCUGUGUCUGGACAGAGUGUCCUCUGUACGCUGGACCUCCUACAAACUGGUGAGUGAGAUCAUCAGGAAGGUGGCGUCGUGCCAGGCGCUGCUGGCAGACUUCCUCAGUGAGCUGGUAGAGAAGUUCUGCCACUCCCCCAAGUGGUCGGGACGACAGGCCUUCACUUUCAUCUGUCAGCUGGCGAUUGAGGAUGACUGUGUGUCGUUGGAGCAGUUCUCGGAGCACCUGCUGGCCCCUUUGUUACAGCUGGCCUCCGACCCCGUGGCCAACGUCAGGGUGCUGCUGGCCAAGACCAUCCGCCAGAGCCUGCUGGAGAGAGAGUACUUCCUGCAUUCUGCAAACUCCCACCAGGAGGCGCUAGAGCAGACACUGGUGGCCCUGCAGAUGGACCUGGACAAGGACGUCAAAUACUUUGCCAGCGUGCAUCCUGGGAGCACUCGCCUCAGCGAGGAUGCCAUGAGCACCACCUCCUCCACCUAUUGAGCCCAGAGCACUCCUCGCCCAUCUAAACACACACAGGUUAGGGUGCAGAGGGCUUGAGGCAGCUUUUUUUACUGCCACUUGUAAACAGGCACAGGGGGAGGACCCAUGCAUCAAUACAACUCCAAUCAACACUACAGAUUAAUUUAGUGCUUUGAUUUGUUUAUAUAUAUUUUUUUGCCACAGAAGCCUUAAGUGUCUUCCUUAAACUGGAAAAUACUUGAAUGUCCGGAGUGGAUUCAGUGACUAACAAAACAAAUGGGGGGGGGACGCAUGGGGAACGGCGCUAAUAGGGACCAUUUUCCCCCAUCGGUUCCUCCCCUUCCCGCUCUCUUUCUAUCGCUCUCAUCCUCCCGAGACUUAGCGGAAAAGCCAGUAUCUCACAAGCUUUAUGGAACCACAUAGCAGGACGACUGUCUCUAACUCAAAACAUUUAAACGGUGUAAAGUUUCUGUAAUUGCUAUUUCUUAUUGAUACUGUAUAAAUGACUCCUAUGCUGCAUAUAUAUAUAUAUAUAUAUAUAUAUAUAUAUAAAAAUAAACUUAAAACCGUCUACCAUCAGCCGCCUUCUGUGGGCGGUGGACGUAGCACGUCUUCUCCUCCUGGGCUCCUGCCUCCAUUGUUUUAACUCUCUAGUGCAGCACAUUGUUGUACCCAUAGACAGAGGGUCUCCCCCUGGCAGGCAGGGGUUCCUGUUGUCAAUGAGAAAUAAAUGUAUUUUUAUUAAUAUUAUGGCUGUCCUUUGCGGUGUUUUUUAAUUAAGUAAGCGGAGAGAUAUCCAAUUGUAAAAGGUCAGCACACACUCACUUGAAACGGGGUAUUUUAACCUGAGAAUAAAAUACUGCGCCGCACCCCCACCGUUAUACCCUAUCUGUACAUAUCUCUAGCAACUUUUCCAUUUUGAUCAGCGAUCAUGUAUUGUGAUACCAUGUUUUACCUGUCGCAACAUUAAAUAAAAAGCAGGCACACA